AUGGAAUAUCCUCGUCCCACAAGACGAGAUCAGUUCAAGGUUGCAAUAUUGUGCGCGCUCGCGGUUGAAUCGGACGCUGUGGAGGCAAUCUUUGACGAGUACUAUGACGAAGAGGAAGACGAUUUUGGCCAGCAUACACGCGAUCAAAAUACAUACCUGAAUGGAAGGGUAGGCCAACAUUAUGUUGUUCUUGUCUACGUGGGUGGAAUGGGCAAGGUGAAGGCCAUGGCUGCAACCUCAAAUCUCAAACUGAGCUACCGCAAUAUCCAGCUCGCUCUGGUUGUCGGUGUGUGUGGCGGUAUCCCGCGCAGCAACGAUGGCAAAGAAAUAUAUCUAGGCGAUGUGCUUGUGAGCGACCGUCUCGUUCAGUGGGACAUUGGUAAGCAUCUUCCACACGGGUUCCUUCGCAAGGUAGAUCCUGCGUACUCGCAAACGAGGCCGAAUCAGGAGACGCAGGCCCUUCUGGACAGGAUACGGGAUAUUGAUAAACAGCACCAGCGGAAAGUGGCGCUGGUGCAGCAUCUUGCAGCGGUGCAAAAGGUCCUCGGUGACCGGAGUGCGACUUACCCUGGGAUAGAUCAAGACUGUCUAUUUCCCUCAACUCAUCUCCAUCAACACCGUGGUCUUCGCCCUUGCGGUGUGUGCGUGUCCUGUGGUGAUUGCGAAGACGACGGCAUAUGCAAGAAGGCUUUGAACGCGUCCUGUGACGAGCUGGGGUGCAUCGACAAGGCGCCCAGCUGCAGGAUCCGGUCAGCAUCACCUGAUGCAGUAUCGAAGGUCCCCUCUCCAGCAGUACAUGUUGGUCCCAUUGCAUCUGGUGAUACUGUACUGGUGUCUGGGGAAGACCGGGACAGACUCGUGGCCAGAGAAGGCGUUAUCGGUGUCGAGAUGGAAGGGAUCGGGCUCUGGAAGGAAACGCCUUGCAUCGUUAUCAAGGCAGUUGCUGAUUAUGCCGACUGCCACAAGGCCAAAGCGUGGCAGCGAUACGCUGCGGGAACAGCCGCUUCGUUCACCAAGCUCUUUCUGCUUGACUAUCUCGUCGACACUCCUGACACGCCCGCAGUGCCGCUGACCGGUAAGACUGCCUAUUAUGCCCAUUUGCUCCGACAUAUUGAUUCUGAUAUUCACCUCAAAUAG